AUGACUCGUGGCCGUGUGUGGUGUGCGUGGCUGGCAUGUGGAGGCUCUGUCCGGGCAGCGUGGUUUGCGACGUGGUACAUAGGCAGGCGGCGAAGCAUACUGGCCGGCUGUGGCGUGCCAUUCUUGGCUUCGUGCGGGAGGUUAAGGAGAUGGAAGAUUAAUAUGGGCCAAUGUGAGAGACAGAGAGAGCAAGUGGAAGACCACUUAAAUCAAAUUCUGGUGGCCAGCAUUAGCUCCAGAAUUAGUUCAGGGUAUCAAUUCUGUUCCAAUGAUUUUUUUUUGUUUUUUAGGUACCAAGUACCUAAAUAAACAUUAGCUCAGGGUAUGGAGUAAAUUGAAAGGAUUCUCGCCCGCAAUUUUUUUAAAGGAUUCUAAUACACAAUAUGCAUUCAAGUUCCUCGAGGGUAUGUCCACCUCAACUAUGGGGAGGCGCUCGAAGGGAUGAGCCCCUGCUCUGGGGAGAGAGUAGAGGGCAUGUUGGGCGCUGCUGCUGGAGGGGAUUACGACGUGGGCUUGCUGGAGCUGCUGCUGGCUAUUCCUGCUAGAGAGAGAGAGAGAGAACAGAGAAGGAGAGAUGGAUUCGAACGCCUGCUGAUCUGGUCUUGUGGAGAAAAAAGAGAGAUAUGUCAGGAAGAGAGAGAGCUGAGAGAUGCAAGAUAGAGAGAGCACAGAGGGAUGUUGAUUGCUGGACAUUCAGUUGUUUCGCUCAUUGCCAUGCCGCAAGUUUCCGACAUUGCCGUGCCUGCACAUUGUCGACUUCGUCGGAAAUCCGUGUGCACGUACUCCACCAUCUGCCGGAACUUCUUCUGACCUGAGGGCAGGGGGAGAUCCAAUACCAAGAUUUAUGAUUUGACAUGAGGUGGAACAUCGGCGAACUUUUCAAUCAGAGCAUGCAUCUGCCGUGGAUAUCUCCGUCAGAUAGGCGUACGACAGUCUCUGACGAGCUAUGCUUCCUACUUGGGAAACCAGGCUUCAGAGUUCAUACCGGCUGUCAUCAAGGCGAAUCAAGGCUUCUCGGCAAGCUGUUCGCGAUCUCGUUCCAGAAUGUAUGCAAGGUCAGCCUUUUGUAUUGCAAUUUCAUGCUUGGAUAUCCAAUACUAAGCAGGGUUUUAGGUACAUAGUGGCACUUCAGAAGAAGAAGAAGAAAAAAGACGCAGCCGCAAAUCUGAACGGCUCGAGAAGCCCGAGUGCCUACGAGAGCGCUUCAAAUAGCCCCUCCUACCGCUCGUCCGCCAGACCGCCACGGCUAAUUUUCUGAUCAGCCAAUCUCAAGUCCUCUUCCACGCUCUCCCAAGAACCCGCCACCCACACCAAGCAAAUGGAUCCUCGUCGGCGCUUAGGCCGAUCACCACCGCGCAAGAGGGAACGCCAGGCAUCGCCGGCGAACUACAGCAACCGCCAUCUCUGGCGCUCACCCCCACGGGAGCGCGACUUCGCGCCCUCCUGGACAGGCGCGCCUUCUCCUCCUGCGGCCUUCUUGGAGCGGUCGCCCUCACCUCCCCUUCCUCUCCGGCGCUACAUCGAUGACAGCCGCGAGGAGCCCUACGGCCCUCGGCCAAGAUUCGAGCCAUGGCACGUGUCCUCGCCUUCAGGACAACGGAGGGAGGCUGACAGCUUCGGCAAUGGAUUCUUGGGCCAUGACUGGCCGGAGUACAGCCGCGAGGGCAACUACGGUACGCCUAAGGGAUUCUUGGAGCUUGCUGAUUCUUUCCCGGGGCAGAGUCGUUUCGAUUGCGGCCGUGGUGAUGACUUCAGGCGACCGAACCGCUCCCUGCCGCGGUCGCCAAUGGACUGGGAUUUGCCUCGCGGGCAUUCGCCUUUCUUUGCCGACGAGGGACGCGGUCACGUGCAGUCGCGCGAUGACACGUUCGAUCGCUCCGGCCGCGGCGACGGCUUCGAGGCGGCUCCACGUCCAAGAUCCUUUGAGCGACCACAUCGCACGCCCAUGGAGCCCGGUGCCGAGUUCCCCGAGCGCUCCCAUGCCAUAAUCUUGGAGGGCAAGAGGCGAUGGACACCGUCUCCUCAGGAUCGCCGGCGGGGAGCUCUGUCCCCGGGGUCUGACGGCCAUGACCCCUGGACGCAGCGCUCCAUGGAGAGACUGGGGCAGCAGAGCUCGCCACGUGGAGACCGUGGGGGCUCGUUCCUGGAGACAGGAGACCGUGGGGAGCCCUACCCUUUGGGCCCGCCGCCUCCACACAAUCUCGGGGGCGGCAGAGGGGGCUUCCCACCACGGCGGUUCUUUCGCGGGAGGGGCGGGCUCCAGCAAACUGGGCCGCCAGGCGGCAGCGGACGCCAGCGAUCGCCUCGCCAGAGCUUGGUACUCCCUGCGCUGCGCACUGAGCCUGAAGCGUCGGGACGCAAGGCAUUUCCCCGGAAGAGAUCGGAGAAGCAAGUGGCAGGUGCUAUCAAGUCGACAGGAGUCGAGGAGCCGGAGCGUCCUUGGGAAUCUAAGCAUGAUGAUUCAAAUGGGGCGGUCAGACUCAGACCAGAAGCUGCAGAUAAUGAAGGGGCGAUCAAGCCAGAAGCUACGGUGGAUGAAGGAGAUGGGAGUGUCACCUCUGGUCUGAUUGCAGGGAUGUGCACAGAUGUACAGAAAGGCUACCUCCGUCUCACCGGGCCUCCGGAUGCAACAAAGGUAAGACUUUCAGUGAACUCUAGUUGAAUUGCUACUGGUUUGAGUGUUGUGAAAGAAGAUGCCUUGAAAUCAUAGUUCCCAGAUCCCACUUGCCGUCCAUCUUUUAUCGGACCGUGUUAUUGAUCCCAUGUUGUAGCUCAGCAUCAGUCAUUAGCCGUUUAAUAGCUGCUUGCAGAUUGCAUUGCAUUGUUAGUAUAUCUCCUGGAUAGAAAUUUUCUGCUACAGCCAAACUUGACUAAUGUCUGUCUGCUAUAUUAGAUGUUAGGAAAGAUUUUGUAGCUUCCAUCAUUUAUGUAUGACAUCUGUUUUUUGACUGUAUAUGUAUAUCAAGUGUUCAUUGACUGAUUCUUGUGCAAAUCUGGCUAUGAGCCAUUGAUUUCUGCUCUAGUAUGUCAAAUACUGUAGCUAUACAGUAACCACUACUCUGGAUUUCCUAUCUUAUUUAGUACUAUUAUUUGUGAAGUUCAACUUUCUGAAUGUCAGAGCCAAAUACUGUAGUUAUGCAGUAACCACUACUCAUGUUUCUCUGAAUUCCUUUUCUUCCUUUGAUAUACUUCUAUUUUCCUUUUGCUACUUCUAAACAGCAAUUGACCUCUUUUCCUGUCUUUCAGAUAAGACCAAAGCUUGUACUCCCUCCGUCCGGAAAUACUUGUCAUCAAAAUGGAUAAAGAGGGACGUAUCUAGAUGUAUUUUAGUUCUAGAUACAUCCCCUUUUAUCCAUUUUGAUGAUAAGUAUUUUCGGACGGAGGGAGUACUUGUAGAAGCCCUGAAGUUUCUCCAGGUCUCAAGUAAAGACUACAAUUUUAAAACAGAUCAACUCAAAUCAAUUCGUCAAGAUAUGACUAUCCAGAACAUAGAGGAUGAACUUUCUGUGCAGGUUUAUGAGUAUCAUGCAAGACUUGCGUUGUGCAAUCAAGAUAUGGCUGAACUUAACUUGUGCCUCACGAAGCUGCACUGCCUCUACGGGAAUAAGCGGAAUGGUGGCCAUCAGGGUGAAUUUGCAGCUUAUGAUAUAUUACUGUCUGCGAUUCAAGAUAAAAAUACUGAACUGAUGUCGAAACUAGGAAGGCUGUCAAGCGACCUGAAACAGCAAGAAGCCGUGAAGCAUGCCAAAGAAGUGGCACACAGUAUACAGACAAGAAAUUAUGCAUCAUUUUUCAAACUCUACAAGGUGGCUCCAAACCUCAAUGGCUACCUGAUGGGUAUCUGCUUUGAGAAGAUGAGAUUUGAAGGUUUAAAAUGCAUGGCAAAGGCCUACGCAACCAAGAUACCUGUCAAAUACAUAUCCAAAAUCUUAGGUUUUGCUGCAAUUGACGAAAGUGUCAAUUGGCUUAAAAGUCAUGGUGCUGUUUUAUCAUCCUUCGAGAAUGGGGAGAUGGCUUUACUGCCAAAGGACUCUACAGCUCUCAUCUCUACACCAGUUGUUCCUGCUGACGGUAUUCGUGCUUUCCAAGCCCGCUGAUCUGAUCCGCCGUUCGAAGUGAAGAAUCACUGAUCGAAACUCCUCUGCUCAAGAAUGGUGCUUGAUAACGCUGAAACGACGUAGCUCUUGGUGAACUCAUCACUUGUUGUAUGUCCUCCCUGAUGUUACUACAGAAACUUAGCUUGGCUCCUGUUGGUUGGCUCAGUAGCUUAGCUAGAACAGAUUGAUUUCUUUUUUCAGCUCUUGGAUCUGCCAUUGCGGCUUGCAUGUGGUUGAGCAAGAAUAUGGGUCCCCAUGUAGUAACAUUGUUCAUAUGUGAAGUAGUUGUCGUGGUAACUCGUCGUUUUAAGCGUCUGCCAGGUGAUAUUCACUUUCUUAAAAACUUGGAAAUGUUGAAUGAAGUGCUCAUUCGGG